AUGAGUGGUACCAAAUCAGUUUCUGUCACUACUGAUAUCAUUCCGGCAAUGACGAAAAUUAAGGGUAAAAAAUUAAAUUGGUCCAAUUUUCAUGGAUGGAGCAAAACUGUACGUGUGUAUUUACGAAGCAUCAACAAGGCUUAUCACCUAACAAAUAAUCCUCCGGAUGACAAUACCAAGGAAGCUUGGUUAACAAAUGAUGCCCGCAUAUUCUUACAGCUGAGAAACUCAAUUGACGGUGAAAUACUUCCUCUCAUUGAUCACUGUGAGUAUGUUAAGGAAUUAAUGGAUUAUCUGGAUUUUAUGUAUUCGGGUAAAGGCAAUAUCUCUCGUAUUUAUGAUGUGUGCCAGAGCUUUCAUUGUAUUGAACAACAAGAUCAAUCUCUCAUUGCUUAUUUUAUGAACUUUAAGCGUACUUAUGAGGAGCUUAAUGUUUUAUUGCCCUUUAGUCCUGACGUGACAGUCCAACAGGCUCAACGAGAACAAAUAGCUGUAAUGAGUUUUCUUGCUGGUCUUCGUCCUGAAUUUGAGUCGGUAAAAUCUCAAAAUCUUUCCAGUCCCCAAAUUCCAAUGUUGCAGGAGACUUUUAGUAGGGUUGUCCGCAAUGAAUCAACCCCAUUAGUUGCUCCAUCUCAGCUGACUAAUGCCCUCAUCAGUUGAAAUACUGAUUCUGGGC